AUGCUCUCGGCCCUCCUAGCUUCCUCCUCUUCAGAUAGGUGGCUCUGGGGAGGCCUGGGUCUCCUUGAGCGAGCAUUCCUAGAAGACGUGUGCUCUGAGCCCCUCAUCCUGCACCCUGUGUGGAGCGGGCCUCAGCCUGGCUCCGGGCACAGGAUCACAGCCCGCCCACCCCUCAGGUUUCACAAGCCCGGCAGCCCUGGCUCCCCUCAGGGUCUGUCCCUGAGUGAGUCUGCGGCGGGGGCGGGGGUUCGCAGCCUGCCCCUUGGCCGGCCCUGUGGGUCUGCGGGAGCAGGGGCUGAGCCUGGGCGCCCUGUCCUGCAGGCUGUGACGGUUCCGGGUCCCUCGGGCCCACUGAGGAGGAGACGCCCCAUCUCUUUCCUGCCCCGUGUGGCCUUCUUUAAGCCGUGGGAGCCCCCUGCCCAGUGUGACACCUGUCCUCACCCCCAGGCCUGCAUUGACGAGAACCUGGAGGUAGUGCGCUUCCUGGUGGAGCAGGGAGCCACCGUGAACCAGGCAGACAACGAGGGCUGGACACCCCUACACGUGGCCGCCUCCUGUGGCUACCUGGACAUCGCCAGGUACCUCCUGAGCCAUGGGGCCAACAUCGCCGCUGUCAACAGUGACGGGGACCUGGCCCUAGACCUGGCCGAGUCGGACGCCAUGGAGGGGCUGCUGCAGGCGGAGAUCGCCCGCCGAGGUGUGGAUGUGGAGGCAGCCAAGCGGGCGGAGGAGGAGCUGCUGCUUCAUGACACGAGGUGCUGGCUGAAUGGGGGUGCCAUGCCCGAGGCCCGGCACCCGCGCACGGGGGCCUCUGCCCUGCACGUGGCCGCUGCCAAGGGCUACAUCGAGGUGAUGAGGCUGCUGCUGCAGGCCGGCUACGACCCGGAGCUCCGAGAUGGAGACGGCUGGACCCCCCUGCACGCGGCAGCCCACUGGGGCGUGGAGGACGCGUGUCGCCUGCUGGCUGAGCACGGCGGGGGCAUGGACUCGCUGACCCACGCGGGUCAGCGGCCCUGUGACCUGGCGGGUGAAGAGGUGCUGAGCCUGUUGGAGGAGCUGGCACGGAAGCAGGAGGACCUUCGAAGCCAGAAGGAAGCCACCCAGAGCAGAGGCCAGGAGCCCCAGGUGCCGUCCAGCGGCAAGCACAGGCGGAGCUCUGUGUGCCGCCUGAGCAGCCGCGAGAAGAUCUCCCUGCAGGACCUGUCCAAGGAGCGCAGGCCCGGCGGAGCAGGAGGGCCGCCCAUCCGGGACGAGGAGGAAGCGGAAGAGGGCCGUCCUGAGCCGCGCCCUGCAGAACCCAGAGCCCUCAAUGGCGUGUCCUCCCCGCCACUUGCCAGUCCUCAGAGCCCUCUGCUGUCCGCCUCCACUGCUGCCCCCUUUUCUCAGCGCUUUGGCCUCCAGAAGACAGGGAGCUCUGGGGCCUUGGGACCUACAGAGAGGCGGGGUGCCGGGGCAGCCCCAGGCGCUGGGCUGCAGCGCUCAGCCUCCUCAUCCUGGCUGGAAGGGACCUCGGCGCAGGCCAGGGAGCCCCGUCUUGCCAGAAUCCCCCCCACUCUGUCCCGGAAGGCACUGGAGCCCUCUCCCCUGAGGGAGCUGGGGUCCCCAGUGAAGCUAAAUGUCCCCCCAGCCUCCACCCCGGCCCCAGCGGACACCCGUGACCGGCGGAGGUCCUACCAGAUGCCCGUGCGGGAUGAGGAGUCCGAAUCCCAGCGGAAAGCGCGCUCCCGCCUCAUGCGCCAGUCUCGGAGGUCCACACAGGGUGUGACUCUGACAGACCUGAAGGAAGCUGAGAAGGUGGCAGGAAAGUCCACCGAGGCAGAGAAGCAGCCAUCUCUGCGGGGCCUGGACCCUUCCCGGAGGCCCAGAGUCCCUGGAGUGGAGAACUCUGAAGGCCCUGCCCAGAGAGCAGAGGUGCCCGAUGGGCAGGGCCAAGGACCACAGACUGCCAGGGAACCCCGCAAGGUCGGCAGGGAGCGGCGGGGACCUGCGGAGGGCGAGGAGGCAGAGCCUGCAGACCACAGCCCGGAGUGCAGCAGCCCCGUAGAUGCCCUCGCAGCCCGGAGGCCUCGCUCACAGCAGGACCUCCGCCCGGAGCCGGAGCUGCAACCAGAGGAGCCGCACGGGGGCUUCAGGAAGCUGUAUUCGGAGCUGCGCAGGGAGAACGAGCGGCUUCGAGAGGCCCUGACGGAGACCACGCUGCGGCUGGCGCAGCUCAAGGUGGAGCUGGAGCGGGCCACACAGCGGCAGGAACGCUUCGCAGAGAGGCCGGCCCUCCUGGAGCUGGAGAGAUUCGAACGCAGGGCCCUGGAGCGCAAGGCGGCCGAGCUGGAGGAGGAGCUGAAGGCCCUGUCUGACCUCCGCGCUGACAACCAGCGGCUCAAGGAUGAGAACGCAGCGCUGAUCCGAGUCAUCAGCAAGCUGUCCAAGUGACACCGGGGGACUCGCCCACAUCCAUAUUUAUACAGCUGCUUCUGCCACAUGCACCCUUCCCCACGGAACACGAGUGACGGCUCUGGGGAAGCCGCCAAGAAGCCAUAGCCGCCUCUCGGGUCUCCAGGAGGGACCGGGAGGGAAGCACAGGUCCCCUGGGCCUGGGGGCGCUGCCUGAGGCGGACGGAAGGGAGGCUGAGCCAGGUGGGGGAUGUUACUGAGAGGGACCAGGAAGGAGACGAGGCCAGUAGCCAAGGACCAGAGGGGCCGCCCCGGGGUCCCCGCCUCACGUGUGAUGCCACCCCAGCACCUCCCCUCCCGAGCAGGAUUCAGGAACGUGCCAAGAGUCCCGCCGGUGCCCAGGUGGGCCUGUAUAUAGGGUCCAUGUGCAAUAGGAGGGAUGUCUUCUAUUUUUUGCUGCCCCCUCCCUGACUGUUGUGUGAGGAGGGGGAGAAGGUAUUUUCGAGACAAAGCACAGGCACCACAAAUAAAAGUCGUGAUGUUGCCACUCA